AUGGAUGUGCUCGUCUGGUGGACGGUUCCGGCACCGAAGCCGCAUCCCUGGGACUCCGAGGUGAUCGACUCGGAGGAGGACAGGGACCUCCUAAGAGUCCGCCUGCAAGUUGAUGGUAUCGGCGUGCACGUGAGCAUGGGGAAGGAUGUCCUGGGCGUGGCCGGAUGCAUUCUUCUGAGUCAUGGCUACGACCUGUUUCGUGGGCUGUGCCAGAUGGAGAGCCUCAGUGAAGGAAAGGACUACACAGACCUCAAGUCGACGGAUACACCGCCGCAAAUUCUGGUGAAGCAGGACCUGUUUGCCGCCUUGCUGUGUCGGGCCUGGGCUCGCCGUGCAGCGGUUUCGAAAGUGAGGCCGUUGCUGCAGGACGGCCUGGCAUGUCCGUUUGCAGAAGAAUCUCGAAUAGAGCUACGUUCUGAUGCUGACAUAUCAAACCACUACUACGAGUUGAUGCUUGGGCGUGGACCGAAGGACCAGUGCCCGCUUGCGGAGAAGUACUUGCAAGGUGUUGCAAGAGAUAUGCGUCUAAGUGAGCAGCCCUACUUCCAAAGCGUUCUGGCAGGGCGUUGCGAUCCCAACGAUUCGAUUCUGAGUAUUCUGAAGAUGUUGGACGUACCGGACGCACUGGUUCCGCUGGAUGUGAGACAGGAGUUGGCCCUGGGGGUCGCUUGUAAGGUGCUUGAGCUGAUACAGGUGACUGGCCUUGACCUUUGA